AUGGAUGUAACCCCAAAGCAAGAAGCAAAAUUAGCACAACAAGCAUACUCGGAAAUAAUGAGACGGUAUCGGCAUAAUAUUUUGCCAAGCUGGGAUCAUCGCACAAGAUUUGUAAGAACUGUUGCUCAGCAAAUUAUAAGAGUUAGUGGAAUGGAAGAUUUGAAGUGGGAAGUUCAUGUUAUUGAAUCACCGGAAAAGAAUGCAUUCGUAUUACCUGGAGGUAAAAUCUUUGUUUUCACAGGGAUAUUACCAAUCGUUGAAAAUCAACAUGGCUUAGCAGCAGUUCUUGGACAUGAGGUCAGUUUAAAAGACUGA